AUGCUCGCCCGCCCGGUCCUCCGUGCCACCGCCGCCGCUCGCGUCGGCCUCCGCCCUGCAACCCCUUUCCAGCUCCGCGCCUCGUCGACGGCCACGAGCGCUCCCAAGGUUGGCAAGAUCAAGCAGGCCAUCGACAACACUCCCGUGGACCUCUACCCCCUCUUCUUCUUUGUCUCAGCCGCCGUCGCGGGCAGCUUCUUCAGUGCGUACUGCCCCGACAACGCUCACACAGUGAUGGGAUACACCCUCGCCACGGACCCACACCUCCGCCUUAAGCCGACCAGCAUGCAGCAGCGCGAGUAG